AUGGACAUUGAGGCAGAAUGCGUCUCUUCUUCUGAUGUCUUCGAGCAAUUGGUGGCUGGAUCUGCCAGAAUUUCGCUCGGGCAAGUUAUCAAAGCGGUGAAGCUCUCCAAGGCGAGAGGAACCUCGAGGGAAGAGCUCGAGUCGAAGCAGAGGGAACGUUGGGCGUUGCAGCUUGUGGUGUACAUGCGCGAUGCUAAUCUUCCUUGUGUGGCACGUAUGGAAGCACUUGGUGAAACGAAAUCUGCAUGGAUUCGCAUGUUUGGCAGCCGUCGAGCAAAGACCCUGCGCAAUCGAGCACAGGCCUGGGGUCGUUUUAGACGAUGGUUGGAAGUCAGCUUCAACCUCUAUUGGCCUGGGUCCCCUGCGCAUCUUUUCAGAUACAUGGAAGAGCGGGCAGAAUGCAAGGUCAUGGGGAAAACUGUUCCGAACUGUCUGUUGUCUUCAGUUUCAUUGCUUGAGACACUGGGGCAGGUCCCCCCCGAGGACCGUCUCAGUCAAGACCCUAUGGUGCUGGAGAUUUUCCGGUCAUGGACCAUGGAGCUGGAGGCUCAGGCGCCAGCAGUGCGUCCUGCCCCUAUGUUCACUGUUGCAAUCAUGCUUUCGCUGGAGAUGGCUGUUUGUAAGAGCACUGGACCGAUUGGCUUACGGUGGACAGCAUUCGUUUUGCUUCUGAUGAUCUGGGGGACGUUGAGAGCAGACGAUGUUCAGAACAUUGAUCCAGAUACCCUGAAGUUUUCACAGAUUGGAAUGAGAUUUGUCAUGAAGAAGACCAAGACCAGUGGGCCAGGGCGAAAGGUUGGAGAAUUGCAUGGGUUCAUCUCGAGAGUGGCAGGAUUGUCGGGAUUUGAUUGGAUGCUCGAAGGAUCCCGAUUGGCGUCAUCGGCGGAGCUGAGGUGGUCGAGGGAUUUUCUUUGUCCAAUUUUCACGGAAGAUUGGGAUCAUGGCAGUCGUGUUUACAUGGAUGGCGAAGGGCUGGCUAUUCAGUGCAGACGACUGCUCAAGUCGCUCAUGGCACCGGUCCGAGGUAGUGGGAAUACUUGGGGCUUGAACAGGACGCGCUUGGUCCCCGAUCAGCUCGUGAUGUUUUGGUCGGGACAUAGCGCGCGACACACUCUACCAAGUCUGGCAGCGGCCCUGGGAGUUGAGAAGGACCGCCGGGAUUUCUUGGGGCGUUGGGCGUAUGCACAGCAUGGACCACAGGAUUACAUCCUGACUAGUCGGCAGGUGGUACAGGCGAUUCAAAAUCAUGUUUCGAAAUGCCUUUUGCUGGGAAACGCAGACGGUGGAUACAUGGAAGAGGAGCUGCUUCAUACUAUCAAGACCUUUGCUGACGAUAAUGGCAUAAAUGGCGCUGCCGUGGUUCUGGGACAUGAGGUUUUGCUUUGGGAUGAUGAGAAGCAAUGGUGGUCUUUGAAUGGGAAAUUUCCUUGUAUGAAGGUGGGGCCUGAUCGCGUGGUCGCUUCAGCUGGUUCCAUGGAUGCAACACUCCCUGGACCGUAUUCGGCUGUGGAAGUCGAUGACAUGCCGGAGGCGCCAUACUUCAUUACAAUCUCACGUCGGGGAUUUCGUCGAUUGCACUUGAGCAAGAGCUGCGCGGUGCGGCAGGAGCGAUGUGCUGAGACGACUCCCGUUUUCGUCUUGAAGGAGGGGAUCGCCGACGCAGUUUGCAAACUCUGCCGGCCAAAGAUGGAUGCGUGCCCUGACUCUUCCAGCAGUGGUUCAGAGUUUACUGAGGAAGAGCCUCUGGGAGCAGCCGGUGAAGUGGUGCAAUCGGAUCGCAUUGCAAUGGCGGGGCCACCGCCCGGCCCGCCGGCUGCACUCACGCUGCCGGCCGGCGUAUCGAACGAUGAUGCGCUGGACUACCUGGACAAGAACCUCACAUCUGAUCUGCUUCAUAUCCUCCAGGAGUGUGGAGUGCCCCUCGCUCUGCAGUACAAAUUGGGGAGUGAUUUCAAGAAUGUGAAGAGGUUUGCAGCAUAUGCGGAUUCACGGACCGGGGUGCGGGAGGCCCUAAAAACCGAUCAUACCCUGGAACCUGCAGAUCAAGUGACACGUGCGGCUGUUGCAUCAGUGGUUUCAGCAUGGGAGUCAUGCAAGGAGUACAGUUCGAAGGAAUCUGAGCUACGUGCAGAGGCCAAAGUUCUUGGGAUCACGAGACCGGUUACGCAGACAGAACGUCAAGCCAUGCGUGCAUCUUUUGAAGCAACAUAUGGUAAAGUGGAGGAGAGCUUUGAGCCUUCAGACGACUAUGUUUCCACGAAGAUGGAGGAGAUCGAGAAUGGGGAGUUGUCAGCGUCGAGCCUUUCAGAAGUUACAAGCCGGAAGCAAGUGAAGACCAUGGGGUUACAAACUUCAGUGGACACUGGGGGUCAUGUGCGGAUCGUCAAGCAACGGGCUAAGGGGGUGAUGCCUCAGAACACUGAGGAGCUUCGUGCAGUGCUGCGUGUUGAGGGGACGGCUUUCUGUUAUCUGGCUUCCAAGUAUCGCAACAAGGUGCUCUUCACAGGCAUGAAUCCUACGAUCUGGCUGGACUACGCGAACUAUCUGCUGGGGGAGAAAGUCUAUCGCAUGCAGAUCCCCACAGGCAGCAAGGGAUCCGGCAAGCAGGAUCAAAUGACGCUUCGACCGCCAUGGACCGUCAUGCUGACGUAUGAGUACGAAUUACGCAAAGAAGCCAUCAAGCGUGCAGUUCGAGAAUCCAGAGAGCUACGAGUUACGCUCAAGGAGGUGUGCGAUGAUCCACAGCUGAAAGAGCAAUUCUUUACGGCGCCCAUCGCUCUGGGAGGACAUCGGAUCAAAGGGGAUGGCUGGAAGGGCGAUGGUUGGAAGCGUCAAAACGCUUAUCCCGAUUUUGGUGGCGAGCAGCCAUGGAAGUGGCAGAAAGGAGGCUCAUUUGCUUUGCAUACUCAACUUCUGGUUGCGACGGAUCCUGUGGCAUGGUUCACUGCUGCCAAGUUCGGACUCAACGUGCUGUACUUGUUCGCUGGUCUUCCACGCGAUGGCGAUUUGAGGUACUUCCUUGAACGCUGGUGUGAUGCGCACGCCUUUGAAUUAAUUCUACGUGAGGUUGACGUGAAGCGUUCGCCUAAUGAUGAUUUAUCUCAGUCCUCACUCUGGGAGAAUAUCUUCUCGGAGCUCCGUGCGGGACAAUGGGACAUCUUGAUCUGCAGCCCGCCUUGCGGCACGUACUCUCGUGCCCGACACCGAUCUGUCGGGAACGGAUCCGGACCAGUUCCUCUUCGCAAUUGCAUGCAUCCAUGGGGUUUUCCUUGGCUUUCCGAAUCGAAUGCAGCUCUAGUCAAGAUUGCCAACUACUUUGUCAAACAAUGUUUGGAGGCGAUCGGAUAUCAAUGUGCAGCGAACAGAUUUUACAUCUGGGAACAUCCCGAGGACUUGGGUGUCACCGAGACUGGGGAUGUCCCGGCAAGUAUUUGGCAACUUGCUGAAAUCCGAUCGCUCGACGGUUUUACUUGGGCGGUUCACCAAUGCGCCUUUGGCGCCUUGCAUCCCAAACCAACUCGCUUCUUGUCCAAUCUUCCACUGGCGGAACAGUGGUCCAAUGGCUGGCCCACCUUUGAUGCUGAUGGGUGCUACACUGGUCCUUUGACUUGGUGCAACCACGAUUGGCAUGAAUCAAUGAUGGGUUGGGACGUUUCCUCAGGCACGUGGCGCACCGCUGGAUCUGAACGUUACCCACCUCUACUUUGUUCGCAUCUUGCUGAUUGCAUAACAUCUUCACAGAAACAGACCGAUCUUCCUGAAGCACCGGCCGAUGCUGAAACCUUGGCCCAGUCUCUCCUUCAUCGGAUGGAUGCCCUCGCACCCGACGACUUGCAGCCUCUUGCUGAACUCCUGCCCCGGGAAGCUUCUCACAAGGCUGCUGGGCAUCAACGUGAAGGCGCUUUCUUCGCCGGGGCCUAUGCCCGGGGCGGUUUCGUGGGACUGCGAUCUUCUUGCCAUUCUUUCCCAUGUUCCAUCAAGGUUCUGACCGCAGCUCUUCGAGGCGCCUUUCCAGGACAAUGCUUCUCUACGCUGGUUGUUUUCACUAACACACUGACGGCACCUCACAAGGACGUGCACAAUGCUCCCUUUCCCAAUUUGCUUAUGCCACUUUCCAAGUUUACUGCUGGGCAAGUUUGGCGGGAAGAUUCUGAGGGCGAUGUCUAUCGCACAGUGGCCGGCCAGGCCCGACCUGGUCGCUUGUUGGACCAAGUUGCCUUGCUGGCCGCGCUGGGCUUCGUCUUGCCCGAUGCAGACCGCGCACGCAUGGGGGAACACGCUCCUGCAUCGGUCAUGGUACAAAAGGCGUCUGGGGCAGCCAAGGCGAACCCCUCGACAAAAGCCAGUCAGGAAGUGAUCACGGUGGAUUCGGGGGAUGAGCUUCCGGAAGAGACUGCAGACACUGAACCUCCUUUUGAUCCGCGUACAAGCCGGGCAUUUGGACAACCUUUGGUCUGUCGUCAUGAUACAGGCAAGCGAGUCUUCGUUGAUGGCUUCGGACUAUGCUCCCCGGGCCGUUGGCCACCGGGCCAAAGGGGACAGCUGAAUUCAUGGGAGGAGAGCUUGCAUGCUGAACGGAUGCAAAGGAUCUUGCGUAACUUCGUUUUGGCUGAACUCCCUGACAUUCGGAAGUCUGCUUUCCUCUUGGCUGCCGGAAGGUUGGAAUCGAGUCCCUUCACACAAUCCGCCCUGGACAGACUACGUGGUGAGCUGGCGGGAACAUUGCCCGAUCCGGCCCUGGCGCUUCGGGUUCCUGACCGCCAGCCGUUCUUGUUGUACAUGCUAGCGCAAUCUCUGCGGAUCUUGGGAGACCCUGACUGGGAGAUUCUGAUUCAAGGAACGGAGUGCUUUGCAGAAGGCGUGCCAUUGGGUGACGAGGAGCCGCUGCCCCGUACACCGCAGGUUUUUGCCCGUCGUGAAAAGUUCCGAAAACUGGAUGCAUCACCUUUUCAAGCGAUCAUGGACAACUACACGUCAGCAGAAUUGUCCUCUGAGCAACUUGAGGAGCAUUUUCGGGCUGAUGAGCAGAAAGGCCGCAUGCUGCCGACUACGGAGGGAGCAGUGGCUCAGGAGUAUGGUCCGGGGCAGCUUUUGGUAGCCGCCAUGGGCGCAGUGGAGAAACCCAAUGGUGACAUCAGGCCGCUGCACGACGGAACUCACGGCGUCAACCUGAACAAUCGGAUACGCAUCUUGGAUAAAUUGGAGACACCAGGACCUGAUGAGGUGUUAGAGAUGGUUUCCCUUGCGCGCGACUCGGGCGAAGCAGUGUUUGCCAUCUCUGCCGACAUAUCCCAAGCUCAUCGCCAGGUGAAGGUCAGGCGAAAGGAUUGGCCUAAAAUGGGGUGCCGUUCCAGUUCGACAUCACGUACCGUAUGGCUCAAUACUGUCGGCACAUUUGGCAUCAGCUCCGCCGCCUACUGGUGGAGCCGGCUGUUCGGAUGCAUUGGGAGGUGGGUGCUACGCAUCUUGACCACGCUCUGGCAUAUGGAGGUGGUCUACGUGGAUGAUUUACACCUCGUGACCGCUGGAGACACAAAAUUCCUUGUGCUUUGGAUGGCCCUGGCGGCGUACGAGGCAAUCGGCACACCAUUUGCCUACCACAAAUUCAAAGGUGGGAUCAAGGUUGAUUUCGUGGGAUAUCAUAUCGCAUAUGAUCAAUGGUCUGCAGGGCUCUCAUCCAAACGCACAAAGUGGAUAGUGGGCUGGAUCAACGAUCUUGAGGCUGCGAGUUGGAUGGUAGUGGGUCGUGCCAUGGUAGAGUUCACUGGCAGGAUGACUUUUGUUGGUAGACUGCUAUUGUGGCUAAAACCUUUCUUGGCUCCGCUGCAUUCCUGGUGUGCAGUACUGGCAAGGGGAACAACAGCACGCGUUCCCACGAUGGUUUAUCUCUCGCUCAUCUACAUCCGGAAGAAUCUUUUGCUGACACACCACUUGGUGCCCGCUUUGCGGCAGGCCCCCUUUGUGACCCAGUCUUUUCGAACGGAUGCGAAGUGUGAGCGUGGACGUGUCGUGUUGGGUGGUUGGUCCCUUGCCAAAGGGAACGUGCCGGCCAAAGCAGACUGGUUUUCUGUUGAAGUCACACCGACAAUGGCGCCUUGGUUGUUUAAGGAGGAUGGAGCAAGUGAAUGGGCAUCAGCCAGCGCCGAGUUGCUGGCUUCUUAUCUGGCCUUGUUUGCAUUUGGUCACCUUCAGGCUGCUGGAUGUCGCAAUGUCAUGUUGGCAACGAUCUAUGGUGGAACAGACAAUCGGUCGAACCCUCAGGCCGAAGCAAAAGGGUCAUCUACGAAGUGGCCGCUCAUGGGGCUGCUGAUGCAAAUGUCUGAGACACUCCUUCAUUCCAAUCUGCGUGUGAAGCUGCAGUGGAGGCCACGGGAAGAGAACACGGAGGCCGACGAUUUGACAAAUGGUGACUUCUCGAAAUUCGACAUGUCGUUGAGGAGGCCGGUUUCCUUUUCCGAUCUGAAGCUGGAUUUGUUUGAGGAAUUGAUGGCUUGCUACGAUGAGUACGAAGCAUCGAAGGUGGCCUUGAGAGAACGGAAUCCAAUUCGGGAGAAGGCUUCGAUCAAACAGAAGCUGGCCGAGAAAACUCCGUGGUGA